UAACUGACUCACCUUGAGGAGGCGGAGUAUUAGAUAUUGUCAUUGUAGCGCCUUGAAAUGAAUUCGUAUGUCUUAUGGAUAGUGUAGAACAAAAAUGAUCCAGUUAAAGUUGUCUGACAGUGAUAUAUGUGAGAGGCGAAAGGCACAGUUAAAGGAAUGGUGUGGGUCAGAAACAGACCAUGCGUCGACAAAAAUGCGCGAGCCAGAGAAAAUCAAAUUCCCUUUAUCUGUGCAGCUGCUAGCUGCAUGCAGUAAUAGUGAUUUGGAUGAAUUCUCCCGUUUACUAAAGCUGGGGACAGAUAUCAACACUCAGAAUGCAGACGGACUAACUAGCACCCAUUUAGCUUGCAUCAAUGUUGACUUUGAUUUUCUGAAAUUUCUCAUCAGCAACGGUGCAAAUAUAAAUCUUCAAGAUCAUGAGGGAUGGACACCUUUGCAUGCAGCUGCUUCUGUGGGCUGUUGUGAACUUGCAAGAUUCCUGAUUGAAAAUGGUGCAGAUCUCUCUGUGCUAAGCGUCGAUCUUGAAUUGCCUAUCGAUGUAGCACAAGAUGAUGAAAUGAUCAAACUGCUCACAGAUGCAAUGAAAAAACAAGGCAUCGAUGCUGAUGCUAUUAAACAGUCUGAAGAACAAAUGCUGUUACAUGAUGCUCAGCAUUGGCUUAAUAGUGGGAAUUAUAAACCGGUUGUUGAUCCAAGAACUGGUGCUACUCCACUGCAUGUAGCAGCCUGUAAAGAUUAUACAAAAGCUAUGGAAAUUCUCUUAAAAAUUCCCGGUAUAGAUAUAAAUGCAAAAGAUUUUGAUGGAUGGACUGCACUGCAUGCAGCUGCUCACUGGAAUCGUGAAACGUCAGCUCGUAUGUUAGCCAACGCUGGUGCUAGUUUCGAUGAACAAACACGUGCUAGUCAAUCUGUAUUCGAUGUAGCUGACAAAGAUAUGAUUGUAUUGCUUAGACAACUUCGUGAAAGACAAAGAGCUGAAAGACAAUCCAAUGCAUCGAAAGUACCAGAUCCAACAAAUAAACCAGUGGAAGCAGUUAAACGAAGUCAUCCUAGUGAUUUAGAAGAAGCUGAAGAUAGUGGAAGUUCAGAUGACAAUUCCCUGGUAGAAAUUGACCAGUCAAGUACUGCUAGUAAAAAACCGACCACUGAACAAGAUGUUUCAUCAGCUUCAGGUGACAUCAAAUUAGUGACAACGGGAACGACGACAACUGCAGGAGCAGCAGCAGCAACGACAGCUGUGACCAAAAGUCCAGAUACUCCAUCAAUGAAUGGUGGUGUUACAUUUCCUAGUCAAGAAUCGAUCAAUCAUAUACAUUCACCGAUCAAUAAUAAUAAUGAUGAUAAUUAUAACAAUCCAUUGUUAAAUGAUAAUAAUACUACUACUGGCCUACGAUUUAUGACACCUCCGCCGAAACAUGAAAACAUUUCACCAGUUUCAAUCGACAACGAUCCUUUCCAUCAGAAUAGCAAUAACACUGAUGAUUCAAGACCUACAUUGAAAUCACUGAUCACACCAUCAGAGGAACCACCUGUUGUUAUAACAACAACUAGUUUUAAAAAAACUGAUCCAAGUGUAAAAUCAACUCAUAAAUACACCACAGAUCAUCAAGAUCCGACAGAUAAUUUCAUCAAUGGUACUGCUAGUGACGAUAAAUCAUCAUCAUCAUCAUCAACUCUGUUGACAAAUCAAUCUUCACGUCUACCUUCCUUACGAACAUCAACCAAUAAUAAACCACCACCUGGUACUCCACCUCGACGUCUUUCACCGCCUUAUAUUCCGCCUACUUUAUCCUCCGCCUCCUCCACGUCGUCGUCAUCGUCAUCAUCAGCAUCCAACUUGUCGUCUACAGAAGCUUCAAAGCCAAGUGAUAAAGUGUCGAAUAUUAUAAGUCAAGAAGAUAAUAACAAUAAUAAUAAUAAUAGCAAUACUAGUAACAUUACGGAGAGUAAAUAUAAAACCGGUAUUGUCAGCAUUAUACCAGCGCCAAGAAGAAGACGUUCCAUUGAUGAAGAUGCUGAGAAAGAGUCAUCAUCAUUAUCAUCAAAGCCGGAGAAUAAAGAUACAGUAUCAUCGGCUACUUCGUCGACUACAACUUCACCAACCACAACCACAACGACAAGCACAACCACUGCAUCAACAACUCCACCAAGAACAGGAAGAACAAUCACUAAAAUUAUUGCUGUAAAGCCUAGGAGAAGCGAUCCACAAAAGGCGAAUACCACUUCUACUACUACUACUGUUACUACUAAUAGCAGCAGUACUGAAGAGAAAGACAUCUCAAUAUCAUCGAAUAAUUCUCAUCUUGACACGGAUUCUAAUAGUUCAGCCUCUGAAUAUACAACUAAUCGAAGAAUAUCUGUUGUUAUGGCGCCAACAAAAUCAGGUGAAACAGAAACUCAACGAAGUGUUAAAGCUCGUUAUGUUCGAUCAACGCGUCGGUCUACACAAGGUGUUACAUCUGAUGAUGUAGAGCAAGCCAAGAAAUUAGUGGAUAAAAAUAAUAAUGGCGCCGCUGUUGUCAGUAGUCGUCAACCACCAAAUACUGAUUCUUCUGUAAAUACGCCAUCGAUGAACAGUCGUUCAACGCUGGACAAUACAAAUGGUGGUUUGCGUCGAUUUACAGAAAACGAUUUGAUAAUGAGUAGUGCACGGUCAAUAAAUGAUAAUAUACCGACGACUACUGCUAGUAGUGUUGAAUCUGCUGGACGACUGUCAUCACGUAAUGACUACUCAUCAAGUAUUGGUCGUGAAAAUAACCAUAUUUCCUCCACUGGUACUGGCCGACAUGUUAAUUUCUCAGGUGAUCUAGAUGGAGUAAGUUCUACUGGGAAUGAAGAGAAUUCUCUGAGUCGACGUCAAACAUUCAGUUCACGUGUACGAUCCUCAGAACACAGUCCUACAUCAGAUUAUCAAGGCUCAUCAGGUGGAUAUCGUGAACGUCGUAAUAUUCGUGAACGUAAUGCUGCUGGUGGUGUUGGUGGUGGUGCUGCUGUACCACCUGAAAGAAUUCUAUCGAGUAAAUCAUUUUCAAAUGCAUCAGAUAUAGAUCGUCGGAUAUCGGAUACUGGUGGUCGAUCAGAGUAUACAUCAUCGUCGUCGGCAUAUUCAGCUUCGAAUCGGCCUACUUCUGCUGUGUCUUCAGUCACGAAUACUAAUUCUACUAUGCAGAAUGAAACCGAUGUCAAGGGAAUUAUACAAAGGCCUACCAGUCGAUUCCUGCAUCAUCAAAUGCAAUCAUCAACUAAUCCAAGCGGUGUUGUUGGUGUUGGUGGUGGUCAUUCAUCUUCUCCUACUUAUUCCUGGAAUCCAUCGUCACAAAAUCCUACUUGUAUGAAUAAUAAUAACAGCAGUACUACUGGUACAGUUAGUGCUCGUUCUUCUGGUCUUAACAGUAAUAAUCAUAAUGACUAUUAUUCAUCCACAACGAAUUCCAUGUAUAAUAGCUCUACGGCUCGGGAUUCAACACAACUAUGGCAAGAUUCUAAAGAUUAUAAACGUUUGUAUGAAAAAGAGAAAGAGGAACGUGAUAAACUCCAACGUGAAUUGGAUCGAUGUCAACGUCAGAUAAAUCAACUGCGCAAUGAGCUGCAUCAUCAUUCAUCACAAUCCUCUGCAUCAUCAUUGCGUAAUUCAAAUGAUUAUGGUUAUACAAAUUCAGAGACAAAUAAUUACAGUAAUAGUAAUACUAAUAAUAAUUCACAAGCACCAGAAACUCUCCAGAAUCGGCUCCUCUCAUAUGAGGACAAAAUGAAGGAAAUUGCUCGUUUACGUGAAGAGAUUUCCAGAAUGAAAGAUGAGAACGCUGCUCUUAUACGUGUAAUCAGUAAACUGUCAAAACCAUUGUGAUUGAAUAUCAUAAUUGCUAUUAAAUAGUGCUUUCUCUCCCUCCUUUCGUGUAAUCCUUCUUCUUUUAAUUGUGUUUUUUUCGUCCUUUAUUGUUCAUUUGUUGUGUUUUUUUCAUUGUACUACCCUCUCACUCGUCAUUCAGGAUUACCUUUGAUAUUACGCAAUGUCUGUUACUUAUCAUAAAUGUAUACAUAUUUAUACAUAUAGAGAAAGAGGACCCCCCCUCACCCCAUUCUGAAGUGAAAUCAGAGAAACCUUCUCAUCAUGUCAACAAAGAUGGUAGGUAGUUCAUGUCUCGUGCUGCCUUGUUGUGGCUGGUUGUCGUCGUCGUCGUCGAAGGGGGAAGUGGGAGAGAGGGAUAUCAUUGUUCAACGCUGUCAGUCAGUCGUUAUUAAUGAACAAAGUAGCUUAUUACAGUACAGUACAGUACACGCCAGUGGACAAAUGAAUUCAGUGUGUAUAUCGUGUCAAAUGUUAAUACUUUUUGAUAGAUGGAUGGACAGGUUUAAUUGCCACCUGUCUGUCUCACUAUCCGUUAUGUCUAUCUACUUGUCUAUCUGUUGGUCGGUCUGCCCAUCUCUCUCUCGCUUCCGAUGAAAUAUAUUCGUUUGCAACUGAUAUUAACUCCUAAAAUUACACAAUGACUAUCGUUUUGUUAUCACAAACGUUAUUAUUAUUGUUAAUUAUUAUGAUAAUCACUACUCAUUAUUUUUUACAGAUUAUAUUAUCGUUAUUAUUAUUAUUACUAUUUAAAGUAAUACAGAAGACAAUGAGAUUGCAAUUUUUAUAGAAACUGUAUAAAACAUACUAUGUGUGUUGUAUUCGUGUGUGUGUGUAUGCGAAUGUACGCGUGUGUCUCUGUCUGUCUAUCUAUCUUCGUGUGUUAGUGUCAGUCUGGUCAGAUGGUGAUCAAUCAAUAAGUCAAAUCACACAGACUGUGUCUGUCUAUCUAUCGAUCUAUCUACUCUCUAUCUGCCUGCUUCCUCCUACAUAAUUUGUUCAUUGGUUCGUUCGUAUUUUGCGCCACUAUUUUUUUUCUAUGUUCAAUGUUCGAUUUUUAUUUUACUCAUCUUGUUUAACCUUUUCUGUUCUGUGUUAAUUAAUUGCAGCUGAUUGACUGACUCACUGACUGAUUGAGUCAGACAAAAAAAAAUUAGUUUCAUACCUGGAAGGAUUAAGGCAGUUGUUUAUUCUAUUCUAAUUUAUUUGAUGAUUGUACUGAACACAUACCAGAGCAGCAGGAGAAUGGGGAGUAUCAAUAGUUCAAUAUAUUCGCAGUAGUAACAGCAAAAAGUUUAAAAUCAUUGUAUAUACAGAAACCAUUAAAGGUUUUAAAUCGUGCGUGCCUUACGAAAAAAACAAACAAACAGAAAACGGUGUAUUAUCAUCAGACAAAUGGCUAUUCAUGACUUUUGAGCAAGUGUGUGGAUGUGUGCGUUUCUUGACACACUUUGUACCCUUUUUCAUCAAUUGAUAUACUGAAGUCUAGGUCUUUCCCACCCUCCUCAACCCCCUGCCUUCUUAUUAUGCGUAAGACAAUGAUGAUUAACUCACUUUUUCGUUUUCUCUAUAGAUUGACAUGUACUUUCGAGUGGGUGUGGGUGUGUUUGUUGAUGAGCUCAUUAACUUGUCGUUUUCUCUUUGCUUCAUUUCUGGUUGAUUGAUUAGUUCAUGAAUCAAUAAGUUAGUGUGCUGUGUAGUAACAGCCCCUUACUGUAUCCUUCUUUAAGUGAAGUGCCUAUGUGGAAAAAGGCUAUUCGCCUUUAUUAUUAUUAUUAUUACUAUUAUUAUUAUUAAUUAUUACUACUGUCAGGAAGUAAGAAGAUAUUCUUGAUUGCAUAUUGCCUUAAUUCAUUUUAAUUGUUUGGCGGCGGGAAUUAGUGGAGUGGGGUGGGGGGCGUCAUCUCUCACUCUUACAGACUACUUAUUUAUUUAUUGUGAAACAUACUCAUCGAUAGAACUGCAGUCUUCUCUUUUCCUAUUGGUUAGUUGUGUAUGACGGCUGUGGUGGUGGCCGUGGCCGUGGCGGUGCUGGUAGUAGAAAGCUCUUUCUUGCGUUUAAUGUUUACCUAACCGACAUUCUAUGAUAUUUAUAUAAAGACUUUGAACAUUAAAAUUCUGUUUAACACUAUUAUUAUAAUAAUAAUUAUUAUUACUACUAUUACUAAUGAUCGUCUUUGAUGUGUAAAUAGAGUCUAUUCUCCUUCGGUUCUUCUUCUCCUUCUUCUUAUCCUUCUUCAAAAACAGAGUUUCUGAUGUUUGUUCUCUAUUUGUGUGUGUGUAUGUGGGAGUGAGUGAGUGAGUGAGAGAAUAGGAGAUGGUUCCUUUGUCCUCCUCUUUCUGAAGAAGGAAGAUUCAUGCAUGGCUUUUUAAAAAUGUUGUUGUAUUUUAUGUAUACUCACAAUUCAUUCAAAUUUACUUACUUACGUACUCAUAUUGAUUGAUUGACAACAUAUUGAUUACAUAUUCUAAAUAUGUACAUACACACAUACAUACAUACGUGUUAUAUAUAUUUAAGCGUACAUAUAUAUAUAUAUAUUUAAGUAACAUAUACAUUU